AUGAGUGCGCAACAGGAGGAUCGCGAAGGCGACUUGCGCGCUCGGGAGUUGUUCCAUUACUUCCAACCAGACAAUCCGGCUUUGAUGCCAAACGGACAGCGCAGCAAUCGACCGUGCGAAAACCCGACUAUCGAAAAACAAAGUCCAAAUCUGGUGUUAACGGCCUUGGCGCAGUUGGCCGCAUUGAAAUUGGGCGUUCAGCGCGCAGUCAUCAGCUUGAUCGACCGGGAGACACUCUACGUGGUAGCAGAAGGAUCACGGUCACUUAAUUUGGCAAACAAUGGUCAAUAUGACGAAGAUGGCGACGGGCUCUGGGUGGGCUGUUCACGUGGACCAGUUGCGGGCACGUUGUGUGAGAAAACUAUCACCCUAACGCCCCCGCAAGGGAAGCAGCAUGCAUUCUUCGUUGUAGAGGAUUUGAAGGAAGAUCCGACCUUCUGCAAUCUAAGUUGUGUCGUACAAGAACCACACUUUCGAUUCUAUGCCGGCACUCCACUGAAAACCCCCAAUGGGACCAACAUUGGUAGUCUAUACGUGAUCGAUCCUCGACCCGCUCAAAGUUUGACCGAUUCUGAAAGAGACACACUUGGGAAUAUUGCCGAUGCGGUGAUGGAGUAUCUGGAGACUUCUCGUCAGUCUUUGGAGUCAAAUAGGUUGACUAAGUUAUUGGCUGGCUUAAAUGCUUUUGUGCAAGGCGAUCCCUCAUCGCCUACACCACGCACUCAACAAAUUUCAGACGCCAAGACCGAAGAUUUUAAAUCCAGGGCCAAAAGCAGAAGCCCACCACCCCUUUCGACCACUCCUCCAAGUACUAAUUAUAUUCCUGAUGAGGUUAUUUCUGUCAGCAUUCCAUCUUCACCUCGCAAUCGGCCACAACGAUCACCACGAUCGAAGACAGAGACGCGCCCAGAGAAGAACGACAACAGAACACAGCGGACAUUCCAAUUUGCUGCUAACGUAAUGCGAGAAAGCUUGGAUUUGGGCUCGAAUGGUGGUGUGGUCAUCGCCAGCACUGGCGACGAUCUCGAGCAGGAUUCUGAUCUUUCAGACGGGGAAAAGGAGAAAAAGCUGGCCAAGAUUUGGGCGGUGUCCGAUACCGAUCACCAGCGUCUUGAAAACAAAGAAGAAACCGAUUUACAUCCAGCAUCACAGAUGGAAUCGAGAUUUGUACGCCGAAUGAUACGGCAUCACACACGCGGUGGAAUGUGGUAUUUGCAUGAUCAUGGAGUAAUUUCUUCGUCUGACGACGACGGAACUAGCUCAGGGAGCACGAAAGAUACUCGGAACUCCUCGCAACCUCAACUUUCAGUGCACCCAGAGUCACUCAGGUUACUUCGGGAGAAGGAUCUCCAGUUGAUCAGGACGUAUUUCCCCAAUGCAACGAGGGUUAUCUUCACUCCUCUCUGGGACUCUCUCAAUUCGCGAUGGUUCGGUGGUGCUUUCUGCUGGAGUCGAGCUGAGACUCGAGUGUUCAGUGCACAUGUCGAUCUAGGUGGACUCUUCGGAUUUGCCUCAUCCUUAAUGGUCGAGCACAGCCGUAUUCAAAGUCAAGAAUCGGCGAAGCAGAAGGGUGAUUUUAUUAGUACCAUGUCACACGAACUACGAAGUCCUCUGCACGGAAUUUUAGCAUCCAACGAGUUACUCUGCGAGCACGUCAACUCGGAAUUUGCUAAGCGGCUUCUUGAUACUAUACGUGCUUGUGGCCAAACUCUAUUGGAAACUUUUGAGCAAAUCUUAGAUUUCACCAAGAUUAACUCUUUUGAGAGGGAGCCAACGAAACCUCGCUCGCCCCAGGAACGCACUCACCGUGCUCAACCGCAAUCAUUUCACAUAGUAAAGCAAGUCGAUGUCCUUGUAGUCAUCGAAGAGGCCGUCGAAAGCGUCUGCUCUGGGCAGCUGCUUUCAAGCAUCAUGAAUGGAGGCGGUACGACUGUCCGACGAUGGCAACUGGAUCCAAUGGAGGAUAACAACAGAGAAUGGCAAGCUCCCGACGGCAAGCAAGUGGACGUUUUUCUCGAAGCUGCCCCUCAGAAUUGGGUCUAUGUGUUGGAGCCUGGUGCUUUAAGGCGCGUCGUCAUGAACGUAUUCGGAAACGCGUUGAAGUACACAGAAACCGGGUCGGUCUCGAUCCACAUUGAGGCCCAAACGUCGAAGAACGACAAUCCCGCGCUCCUGUUGACAGUGUCCGAUACGGGCAAGGGUAUUUCACAUGAUUACCUGCGUUCAAAUGUCUUUACACCUUUUUCACAAGAAAACCCUAUGUCACCGGGAGCGGGACUUGGACUCUCACUCGUUCGAGGUAUCCUUCGUUCGCUGGGUGGAACCAUUGCGAUCAAAAGUCAAUAUGGCGUUGGUACUGUGGUGAAAAUGACGUUUCCCCUUACAUAUACUCAACAGUACAAGUUUUCUGAUACACAGCUUUCUGUCUCGCGAUCAUCAUCACCUGCUGUUUCAUCCAUCGAUUGUGUCACUGCAAAGCUGAAAGGAAGAAACGCAUUCUUUUACCCUGGUGAAGACUUUCAAGCGAGCAAACCUUCAUCAUCCAGUAUGAUCAAGCAAUAUCUGAUCAACUGGUUCGGUAUGGCAAAUGGAGAGCAGGCUGUUCCUACAGCGGCCGAUCUGGUGGUCGUUGACGAGCGUCACAUAGACCAACUCCCCACUGCAUAUCAUCAAUCCAUACUAUUGGUAUUGUCUCACCGAGGUCCUAGCUUAUGGUCAACCGCUACUGCAGCAAAAAGACAACUCAUCAACGCAACAUGGUUGACUCUCCCAAGUGGGCCUCACCAACUAGCCAGGACACUUUUGGACUCUCUUCGAAACUUUGAUUCAAAGGAACCCAAUGCGUUCAAUAUCCCUGUGAAACAUGAUCAGAGUGAUGAAUUUUUGAAACCAAAUUCAAAUGACUCGCAACCGGAAAUGGAUCUUCUCCCGCCAACUGAGGUACCACUCACAUCAAUGACCUCGACUCCAUUGGUUCUGUCUUCUACCACAGAAAAGGUAAACACAGAACCUGUUAUCACAGUACUCGAUUUGCCAGUCCACCCCAAGAAGGAAAUACAGGAUACCCAAGCCUCCCCGCCAAGCGAACCAAAAGACGCCCCUCGAAUUCUCCUGGUAGAGGACAACGCAAUUAACCUCGCACUCCUGAAAAAGUACAUUUCAAAAGUACCGACACAAGUCCUGGACUGCGCUAUGAAUGGUGAAAAGGCUGUUGAACUGGUGCAGAAAACGUCACAGGGCUAUGAUUAUAUCUUCAUGGAUAUUUCUAUGCCUGUUAUGGACGGAUUUGAAGCAACAAUGGCGAUUCGAUCCAUUGAAACAAAGCGAGGCACAUUAUUUCCUGCGCAUAUAAUCGCGCUUACUGGCCUGGGGUCGGAUGAACAUAUCAGGAAAGCUUUUGCGGCUGGUGUCAAUGUUUUCCUUCGGAAGCCGGCUUCCUUGAAGGAUAUACUAGCUGUGGUGAAGAAAUGA